AUGAUAGACAUACCAAUUUCAACCCAUCCGGGCCCAGAAUUGAGCCCGAGCCCACCAUCGAGUCCAGACGGACUCACUGUCAGCGAAUCCCUAGCGCCACCGCGCGAACUCAAAGCCGCAACGACAACAGACCUGACAUUCGACGGACUCCUCUCACAACCCCUGCUACUAAAAGAAGACUUGAAAGAUGGAUGCGGAGGCCAAUUAUGGCCCGCAGGCAUGGUCCUAUCCCGCUACCUGCUCAGCCGACACGCAACCGAUCUCUCCGACAAAACAAUCGUGGAACUCGGAGCUGGAGGAGGCCUUGUCGGACUUGCCGUUGCACGAGGCUGCCAAUUCAAAGAACCGAUCUAUAUCACAGACCAAGAACCAAUGUUCUCCCUAAUGAAGACCAACAUCCAGCUGAACAAUCUCGAACCCAAUGCGACUGCUGCGAUACUAAACUGGGGCGAGCCGAUCCCUGACCAGAUUCCCGCGAAACCGGACGUGAUUCUCGCGGCUGACUGCGUCUAUUUCGAGCCUGCUUUCCCGCUCUUGAUCACUACCCUCCGUGAUCUGCUGGGUCCGGAUUCGGUCUGUUACUUCUGCUACAAGCGGCGUAGACGGGCUGAUAUGCGGUUCAUGAAGAUGGCGAAGAAGGCGUUUGAUAUGGAGCCUGUGCUGGAUGAUCCGGGUGCUGAUGGGUAUAACAGGGAGAAUAUCUUUCUCUACACGAUACGGGCUAAGCGGUCUGAACAGAAAAAGUGA